AUGGGCAAGGCAUCCACCCCCUCGAUUGACCCACCGCAACUCAAGAUUUCGGUUUCGAAGCUCUUCCGAGUUCCAGGGAACGUGCCAGCGAGAACCUUGCCGCCCGAUGGUGAGCGUGGUGGGAUGUUCGCAUAUCAGCAGAUCAAUGCGGCCAUCGCGACGCCCGGUGCUUUCGUACACCAGCCGCUGUUGCAGCGCGAGCCCCUGUUCGAAGUCGAGCCGCCCCAGCAGGUGGUAGUCGUGCCGGGCGUGGUGGACAAUUCCGCCGCGAUUCGCCGCGGUAAGCCCCGGCAGUCUUGUCUGGGGCUUGGAAGUAACUGUCGAUGUGGGAGUUUUGUGAGCAAAUCUAAGAAGCAGAAGGAUGGGGCUCAGGCCAAGAAGCCGGGUGAGGCCGAUAAGGUCAUCACUCAGAAUCGCCGUGCGCGCCACAACUACGAAAUACUGGACACCUUGGAGUGUGGCCUGCAGCUGGUCGGCAGCGAGGUGAAGAGCCUCCGCAAUGGCAAAGUCUCGCUCGACGAAGCCUACGGCCGUGUGAAGGCGGGUGAGGUGUACUUGAUGGGCUGCGACAUCGCCGAAUACACCGAGGCGAACCAGUUCAACCACGAUCCCCGCCGCCCGAGGAAGCUGCUCCUGCAUAAGCGAGAGAUCACGAAGUUCGCUAAUCUGGCCUUGGAGAAAGGUCUCACGCUGGUCCCGCUGAAGAUGUACUUCAAGAGCGGUCGGGCCAAAGUGCUCAUGGGCAUCGGUCGCGGUAAGAAGACUUACGACAAACGAGAGUCGCUUAAGAAGGCCGACAGCCAACGCCAGAUCCAGAGGGCAAUGCGUCAACGUUAG